UCCACCCUGUCAAAACAGCUCUGGUCUGUUUUACCUGAUCAUAUCCCAAAACAUCAGUUUUUUUCCUGGUUUGUUUCCUAAUGAUAAGCUGUUAAAACACAGAGAACCUAUCAAACCUAGUAUUAUCCUCUGCUGCUUUUUUCUUCUAGUACACACUGCCGUCCAUCAGAAGAAAUAAUUAAUGGUUCUAUUAUGUAUGAAAGUGUCAUCCUGUCAGUUCAGUGACUGGUUUGAAUAGCUCAUAUCUGCCACUCAUUGAUGCCAUGCGUGCUCACUGUCCUGAGAGAUGACAAAACACUACACCCUUUAGGAUUUUUCCCCCUCUCUCUAAAGCAGCAUUUCACAUCUGUGUCUGACAGAAGCAUGAGAAGCUGAGAGAGGCAGACCUUCAUCAUCCUUCACAGAAUAAUGUUGCAUGGAUUAAAAGUUAAGAUCUGAUGUCUACUGAUCCUGCAUAUUUCCUACAAAAAAAUCUAAAAUGUGGAGGCUACCAAAAUGUGAAGGGAAAUAACUUUUCAGUGUUGGAAUAGCACCAGAAAACAGAUGGAAUUCACUGGAGAGAAAAUAUUUAAAUGAUUUUUUUAGAUGGGUGCUGAAUACUUGAGUUGACUGGGGUCGGUGCAUUUGCCUUUUUUUAAUAUGUUUUUUGGUUGGGAGGGAAAGAUGCAAAGUUCACAGGUCCUUUCUGUUACCUGAUCAGGGCAGAAUUAACAAAAAAAUCCUGAAUGUAGAAGAACUCAGAUACUGAAGAUACCUGGAAAUAAACUGAAAACAACCAAUAUGACAAGAGCAAAGCAGCAGUGAACAAGAAGACGCUGUGAAAAAGAAAUCACAAGACGAGAGUGCACAAUGCAUUUCAAAUAGAAAAAAGCUUCCUAUCUGCUGAGUGAGUCUCAGUAUAUUCUGACAGAGCACAGACAAAGCUUCAAUCAAGUAUCUCCUAGCUAUCUCCACAAGGAUGCUUCUGAUUACAGAAAGCAGUAUGCAGCAGUGCUAAGGUCCUGAUGACAAUACACCAAGGACAAGAAUGGAAGUCAAUUUAUUCAGCAAUUCUACUGUUGUAAACAGUUCAUCCAUCAACCAUAAGCAGUUAGAAGGGCAUAGCCUCUGGGAAGUCAUUACUAUUGCCACUGUAACUGCAAUUGUAAGUUUAAUAACCAUAGUGGGAAAUAUUCUUGUAAUGAUAUCCUUUAAGGUUAACAGUCAGCUCAAAACUGUCAACAAUUAUUACUUGCUCAGCCUUGCCUGUGCAGAUCUCAUCAUUGGGAUAUUUUCCAUGAACCUUUAUACCUCCUAUAUACUCAUAGGCCAUUGGACUCUUGGAAGCCUCGCCUGUGACCUGUGGCUAGCACUGGACUAUGUAGCUAGCAAUGCCUCAGUAAUGAACCUCCUAGUCAUCAGUUUUGACAGAUAUUUUUCCAUCACAAGGCCUUUAACUUACAGGGCCAAACGCACACCCAAAAGAGCUGGCAUCAUGAUUGGUAUGGCUUGGCUCAUUUCCUUCAUGUUGUGGGCACCUGUAAUCUUGUGCUGGCAGUAUUUUGUGGGUGAACGAACAGUGCCACCUGAUGAGUGCCAGAUACAGUUUCUGUAUGAACCCAUUAUUACCUUUGGUACUGCAAUUGCUGCUUUUUACAUUCCAGUGUCUGUGAUGACCAUUCUGUACUGCCGUAUUUAUAAAGAGACCGAGAAACGCACCAAGGACCUCGCUGAGCUGCAGGGCUCAGAGUCUGUGGCAGAGUAUGAGACAAUAAAGCCUCAGAAAACUCUCCUGAAGUCUUGCUUCAGUUGCAAGCAACAAAACUUAGUCAAAAGAGAGAGGUGUCAGGCUUCUUGGUCUUCAUCUAGCCGAAGUACGUCAGCUACAGCGAAGGCCUCCCAGGCAGCGAGUGCUUGUAUGGACUGGGCCAAGGCUGACCAGUUGACCACCUGCAGCAGCUACGCGUCGUCAGAAGACGAGGAUAAACUUGCCACUGACUCAGUUUUCCAAGUAACUUACAAAAGUCCAUCUAAAAGUAAGGCAGAAGAGUAUAAUGAGACCACAGAUGUUGUUGUCAAAGACCAACCUGAAGAAAGGGAUUUUGAGAACCAGAAAUACUUUUUGUCACCUACCAAAGAACACACACAAAAAAGUAAAAAAUGUGUGGCCUAUAAAUUCCGUUUGGUGGUUAAGGCUGAUGGCACUCAGGAAGCCAACAAUGGUUGCCGAAAAGUAAAAAUAACUCCUGCUGCUCUGUCAAAGGACCCUUCCAUCAAAAGCAUGGAUCCAAAUAUAAAUAACCAAAUCACCAAAAGGAAACGGAUGGUUCUUAUAAAGGAACGCAAAGCAGCACAGACUUUAAGUGCCAUUCUUUUGGCUUUUAUCAUCACAUGGACUCCCUAUAAUAUCAUGGUUUUGAUCUCCACAUUUUGCUCUGACUGCAUCCCCCUAACACUGUGGCACCUUGGAUAUUGGUUAUGCUAUGUGAACAGCACUGUUAACCCCAUUUGUUAUGCCCUCUGUAAUAAAACUUUCAGGAAGACUUUUAAGAUGCUGCUUUUCUGCCAGUGGAAAAAGAAAAAAGUGGAAGAGAAACUAUACUGGCAGGGCAAUACCAGACUGCCAUAAUCAUUCUUAUAUAAGAAAUAAGGAGAAAUAUAGAUAUUGAUGUAACCUAACAAAUUCUGUAUCUUCAAAGCCAUUGCUGUUGUGUCUAGUGGUUAAAAACUCUGCUGAAAAGUUAAACUUUGCAUGAAGGUAGUGUGCUUGGGAUAAAAAUGUCAGCAGCUGCUAUGAGCAACAAAGGUUGUUUUUGACUAUGCAGUAGAAUUGCAUUACGAUUAUUGUGUUUGGUGUCCUUUCUUUCAGUCCGAGAAUAGGUGGAGUAAACUAUAAACUACUAGAAAUUAGACGGGGAUGAUCAUCCAGUCAUCAGGUUAGGUCAUUCAGGCUGUCUCCCUGUAGAGCAGAACUGUUUCUUUCUAUAGUUCUUUGCUAGUGUUUUGUUUAUGUAGUUUUCAGUGUUCCAAGCAAUGCAGCCUGUGCUACCUCUGUUUUGAGGCUUUACCAUCAGCUGUUGAGAUGAAACAAGGACUAUCUAAAGGGUAAACGCUGUCAUCCCCAAUUCUUAGUGGUUAGGGAGAUUCAUAAUACUCCAAGUGAACACACAUAUUAUAGGACAAUAUAUAACUGAGAAAA